CAGCCGGUCUGGAAAUUGACGUUAAGGGAAAUUAUAAAGCAGGAGGCGGAGCAGCUGGUGUUGCAUUGUGCGGGACGAAGUGGUGAGGACUUGACGUGACCGCUGUCAACCUCCUGGUGGCGUGUAUACUUCAUAUAAAACUUCAUAUAUAGUGAUUUAAGUGAGCGGUGUUCUUCCUGUUUUCCUCCCGUAUUGCAAAGAGGUAACACCAACUGACCAAAAUGCCUGCAUACGCUGAUACCGUGCCUGACACCAAGCCGGGGGUCAUCACCUCUCUCACUUCACUGCACAAGCCCGUCCAGAUCUCCGAGUCAGCUCGGAGCCUCGAGGCGGUGGUGGUGAGCGGCAUGUCUGGCCGCUUUCCGGAGAGCGCCAGUGUGGAUGAGUUUGCUCACAAUCUAUACAAUGGGAUUGAUAUGGUGACAGAAGACGAUCGCCGCUGGACGCCCGGUGCGCAUGGCCUACCCAAACGCUCCGGCAAACUCCCCGACCUGGCACACUUCGACAGCUCAUUCUUCAGCGUGUCUCCCCGACAGGCCCACGCCAUGGACCCUCAGCUCCGUAUUCUCCUUGAACUGACUUACGAAGCCAUUGUUGAUGCUGGUUACAACCCCAGUGAGUUAAGGGGUCGGCGGAUCGGAGUCUAUGUUGGCGUGAGCAGCAGCGAGAGUGAGGAAGCGUGGACAGCUGACCCUGCUAACGUGUCAGGCUAUGCUCUCACAGGAUGUUGCCGUGCCAUGUUUGCAAACAGGAUUUCAUACACCUUCGAUUUCAAGGGUCCCAGUUUUGCCAUCGACACUGCCUGCUCCUCCUCCAUGGUAGCGCUGCAGGAGGCGUGGGCAGCAGUGAGUGGGGAUGAGGUGGAAGCUGCUAUAGUGGCUGGGACCAACCUCACCCUGAAACCUCAAAACUCAAUGCAGUUUAACGCCCUGAACAUGCUGGCGGCCGAUGGCAAGUGCAAGUCCUUCGAUGCCUCUGGGAAUGGGUAUGUGAGGAGUGAGGCAGCAGUAGCCAUCUUGUUGCAGCGGGCAUCUGAUUCUCGUCGUGUGUACGCCCAUGUGGUGCAUGCUCGUGCUAACACCGAUGGUAAUAAGGGGGAGGGUGUCACCUUCCCCUCAGGAGCCGUGCAACGACAGCUUCUAGAGGAGGUGUAUCACCAUGCUGGAGUCAACCCACAGGAUGUUUCGUAUGUAGAAGCUCAUGGCACUGGCACGAAGGCUGGAGACCCCCAGGAAGUAGGGGCUCUGGCAGAGGUGUUUUGUCCCAGACGCUCCACACCACUACUUGUUGGCUCGGUAAAAUCUAAUAUGGGUCAUUCUGAGCCUGCUUCUGGUCUCUGCUCUAUUGUGAAGGUGUUGUUGGCAAUGCAACGCAAGGAGUUACCAGGAAACCUUCAUUUCUCUACCCCAAAUCCUGAAAUCCCAGCACUGGUUGAUGGCAGAAUUAAGGUGGUGAGCAAGAACAUGCCAUGGCCAGGAGGUUAUGCAGCAGUCAACAGCUUUGGUUUUGGUGGUGCCAAUGUGCAUGUGCUUCUGCGUUCUCCAUCUGCUCCCUCCCAUAGUCAAGCACCACCUCACUCCAGGGCUGUCCUUAUCCCUUCUACACACAGAAUCAACCACACAUCUGCCUCCAAUGGGAUGCUCACAUUAGAGGACUUGGCUGUAGUUAAUGGUAAUGGCAACACAGAGAAGAAUGGGUUCUCUGACUCUUCCACAUCUGAAGCAAACCUACGUCUUGUGGUAGGAGCCGGCCGCACUGAUGAAGCAGUAACAACUCUUCUUGAGGGUGCUAAAGAGAAGGCCAGUCCAGCACUCUUCAGCCUCUUGGACAGGCUCUCGGACCUGUCCACUGCUACUCACCCUGCUCGUGGCUUUACUGUUGUCAACUCUGACAAGGAUGUUGUGCAGGUGUCUCAAGUGUCCCCAAAUGCUCGUCCUCUAUGGCUGGUAUUCUCAGGCAUGGGGUCCCAAUGGGUGGGUUGUGGCAAGGCGCUCCUCCGUUACCCAACCUUUGUCAACUCCCUGAAGCGGUGCCAUGCUGCCCUUGUACCUUAUGGAGAGGAUCUCAUGAAUAUCCUCACCUCUGAGGAUCCUGCAGCCAUGUCCUCCACAUGCUCCAGCUUUGCCACCAUUGCUGCCAUGCAGGUUGCCUUAGUGGACAUGCUGAGAAUCCUUGGUGUACGGGAGGUGGCUGGCAUGGUGGGCCACAGUGUUGGGGAGCUGGGCUGUGCCUAUGCUGAUGGCUCAUUGACAGCAGAGCAAACUGUAUUGUCUGCCUACUGGAGAGGUAGAGCUGUUAUGGAGGCAACUCUGCCUGCUGGUGCCAUGGCUGCUGUGGGUUUGAGUGCCAGUGAAGCUGAGAAGUGGUGCCAAGAUGGGGUGGUGGUGGCUUGUCACAAUGCCAAGGAUUCUGUCACACUGUCUGGUCCCAAAGAUGCAAUGAAGACUGUAAUGGACAAGCUGACUGCCGCUGAAGUUUUCUGUAGAGCUGUCCGUUCCGAGGGUGUGGCUUUCCACCACCCAUCCUUGCGUGCUGCUGCCCCUCGUCUUCUGGAAGAGCUAACUAAGGUGAUCCCAGUGGUGCAUAAGCGGUCAUCCAAAUGGAUCAGCUCCUCAGUGCCAGAGAGUCAGUGGGGAUCUGCUCAAGCUAGUGUUGCCUCACCCCAGUAUCUUGUCAACAACCUCCUCUCACCUGUGCUGUUUGUGGGAGCCUUGGAGAAGAUUCCUGCUGAUGCUGUUGUGGUGGAAGUGUCCCCUCAUGGGCUUCUGCAAGCCAUCCUGCGACGUUCCCUGCCCCAGGCCACCCCUAUUCCCCUCAUCAGGAAGGAUGCUAGUUGUGUUCAAAGACAUUUCCUGGAGGCUAUUGGAAAGAUGUACAUGGCUGGUCUCAGUGUAGAUGUGGGAUUGCUUUCACCCCCUGAGCCAUUGCCUGUUCCUUCUUCCACUCCAUCUAUUGCCAGCCUCAUCAGGUGGGAGCAUAGCCAAGAGUGGGAUGUGGCUCGCUUCAGCACCUCUGCAUCUGGCUCAGAUUAUGAGGUGAAGGUAGACCUUGAUGCUGAGGACCAGCGCUACAUGGAAGGCCAUACCAUUGAUGGAAGAAUAAUCUUUCCAGCUACAGGCUACAUGGUGUUGGCUUGGCAGGCUUUAUGCCGCCUAAAGGGGACACAGUGGGAGGACACGCCAGUUGUCUUUUCAGAUGUCAACCUACACCAAGCCACAGUGCUCUCUUCCUCCUCCCCCACCACACUGACUGUCAGGAUCUUGCUGGCUAAAGGGGAGUUUGAGAUUGUUGUGAGUGAUUCUGUUGCUGCUUCGGGACGUAUUCAUGUUGGAGGUAGUCACAAAUCUGAGAAUGCUUCCCUGUUGAGCUUCCUUGAGAAGUCAGAGGGUAAGGGCAGCCAGUCUGCCACCACCACCACUAGCAGUUCCAGCAGCCUUGAGAAGAAAGACGUCUACAGGGAGUUGCGCCUCCGUGGGUAUGAGUACAAGGGACUCUUCCAAGGUAUCAUCUCGGCUAACCUUGAAGGCACUGAAGGUCAACUUGUUUGGCAUAACAACUGGGUGCCCUUGUUGGACACAAUGCUCCAGUUUUCUCUGCUCGAGGCCAAGCAGCGAGCGCUCAUGUUACCCACCAGGAUCCGCAAGGUCACUGUGGAUCCCAGUACCUUCCUGAGCCACCUCCAGGAAGCUGAUGAUGUGAAGACCACUACUGUGCAUCACAAUGCCAAGAUAGGAGUAACAGCCUGCCAAGGAGUUGUCAUCCAGGGCUUAAAGGCCACUCUGGCCCCACGGCGGCCAACUCAGGACCAUCCCUUGCUGGAAAGCUACAAUUUUGUACCACUCCACCUACAAGCCACUAGAGAGUUUUUCACGAACUUGACUGAGGAAACUGGGUUGGGGUUGCUGCUGGAUGUGUGUCUUGAGAACAGCUUAGCACGAGGACUGAAAGUUGUGGAAGGUCUGUGUGGGAACACCUGCCUUGCCCCACCACUCCUCAAACUCCUCUCCAAGAAGCCACAGAUGAAAGUGGAUUAUGUUGUGUGUGCAGCAGACACAUUGUCUGCUGAGAAGGAGCAGCAGCUUAUGGAAUGUCCAGUACAGAUAAAGGAUGAUCUCUCCUCCAGCUUGGCAUCUUCACCUUUCCUCCUUAUCCUUCACCAAGAGCAGGAUGUUAAGGAGGCUGAGAAGAUGGAGGAAGGAGCAUUUAUCUUGACUGACUCUAAGGACACUGGAAAAGAGCUUGUGGAUGCAGGAUAUAUCCAGGUGGCAUGCAUUGAGGCACUGGACCUGCAUCUCUUUAGGAAGAGCCGCAGUAGUGUGCUGCCACAUGCCACUCUUGAAAUCAGUCGGGAAGAUGCAGAGUUCUCAUGGUUGACUCCCCUGAAGCAAAUGAUGAUGGCCAAGGAAAAUGAAACAGUCUGGCUCUUGUCAUCUGGUGAGCCUUCUUCUGGAAUUCUGGGUCUUGUUAACUGCCUGAGAAAGGAAGAGGGUGGAGGGAAGAUCAGAUGCGUGUUUGCCCGAUCAGGUAAAGCAGUGUUGACUCCAGACCUCUUGCAUCAAGAUUUGGCAGUGAAUGUGCAACAGGAUGAAGUGUGGGGUACAUACAGACACUUGGCCUUGCCCCAGCUGGCCAGUAAGCCAUCACAGCAUGCCCUCCUCAACGUGGCUACCCGUGGUGACUUGGCUUCCUUAACUUGGUUCCAAAUGGGAGAACCAGAGGACAGUUACCCAUCUGGCCGUGACUCUGUGCUCUGUCAGAUUUACUAUGCCCCAUUAAAUUUCCGGGAUGUUAUGUUGGCCACUGGGAAGCUGCCACCUGAUGCCCUGCCUGGAGAUCUGGCCACCAAGGAGUGUAUUCUUGGUCUGGAGUUUGCUGGAGUGAGCAAUGGACGACGUGUAAUGGGCUUGGUGGCUACUGGAGGUCUUGCUACUCAUGUCUGGGCAGAUCCUCUCUUGACCUGGCCUGUGCCCCCCUCCUGGUCCCUGAAGGAGGCAGCCACUGUGCCUGUGGUGUAUGCAACAGCCUAUUAUGCCUUGGUGGUGCGUGGAGGCCUACAUUGUGGAGAAAGUGUCCUGAUCCAUGCAGGGUCUGGGGGAGUGGGCCAGGCUGCCAUUGCCAUUGCCUUGGCUCUCGACUGCACUGUGUAUACGACUGUCAGCAGUUCACAGAAGAGAGCAGUCCUCCAAGAACGCUUCUCACAGCUGAAAGAGGAGAACUUUGCCAAUUCUCGAGAUGGAUCCUUCGAGUACCACAUCCUGGAGCAGACUGGAGGUCAAGGGGUGGAUUUGGUGCUGAACUCAUUGGCUGGUGAACUCCUCCAGGCCUCUGUCAGGUGCUUGAAGGAGCAUGGACGUUUCCUGGAGAUUGGAAAGGCUGACCUUUCCAAUAAUAGUGCUCUGGGUAUGUCGGUUUUCCUCAAGAAUGUCACCUUCCAUGGCAUCCUGCUUGACUCCUUGUUUGAUGGUUCCCCUGAGGAGCGUCGGCGUCUCAACACCCUGGUGGAUGAAGGCGUCAAGACUGGAGUGGUGAGGCCUCUCCCAUCCACACUCUUCACAAGGGAAUGUGCUGAGGAUGCCUUUAGAUUCAUGGCAGCAGGGAAGCACAUAGGGAAGGUAGUGUUGGAAGUGUGCCCAGAACAGCCUGCUUCCCCCACCACAACGGAAGUGUUCCCGCUGGUGCCGGCUGUGCCACGCCUGGCUGCCCACCCCAACAUGGUGUACCUCAUCACUGGGGGGCUUGGUGGCCUAGGGCUGGAGCUGGCGGGAUGGCUAAUCAACCGAGGAGCCAAGAAGGUGGUCCUCACCUCAAGGAGGGGCAUCAACACAGGCUAUCAGAGGUUGUGUGUGAAACGAUGGAAUGCAUCUGGAGCAAGUGUAAGAGUGUUGACCCAGGAUGCUUCAACUCUGGCUGGGGCAAAGGCUCUUCUGAAAGAGGCAGCUCAAGAUGGACCUGUUGGUGGAAUUUUCCACCUGGCUGUGGUUUUGCAAGAUGCUCUACUAGAGAACCAGACAGAGGAGACCUUUAAGCUAGUGAACAAGGCAAAGGGAGAUGGAGCUGUUGCUUUGGAUGCUGCUUCUCGUGUGUAUUGUCCCGACCUGCACUUGUGGGUCACCUUCUCCAGCGUUGCCUGUGGAAGGGGAAAUAUGGGCCAAACGAACUAUGGAUGGGCGAACUCAGUAUGUGAGCGUGUAGUGGAGGAACGUGUCAAGGCAGGGCUGCCUGGAGUGGCCAUUCAGUGGGGUGGCAUUGGAGAUGUUGGGGUCCUUGCUGAAACCCUUGGGGAAAUUGAGGUUGGGGGUACAAAGCCUCAGUCUGUGCGAUCAGUGCUGGAGUGCUUGGACACUCUGGUGCUUGCUGGAAGCCCUGUGGUGUCCUCUUUCUGCCUUGCAUCUUCAUCCAACAAGAGUGACGGCUCUGGGGGUGCUUCUCUCCUUAAGGCUGUAGCCAACAUCCUGGGCAUCAAGGAUGUGUCCAAAGCACCUAUGGGAAUGAGUCUUGGAGAUUUGGGUCUGGACUCCCUCAUGAGUGUGGAGGUGAAGCAGACCCUGGAACGAGAGGCUGACUUAGUGCUCUCAGCCACUCAGGUGAGGGAUCUCACUCUGAAGGCCAUUCAGGAACUGGACCAGGGUGGUGCAAGCCCCUCCCAAGAGACAACUGAAGCAGGGAAGUCCAGUUCUAUCCCAGCUGACUCAGUGCUCCCUGACUCCAACAUGCCACAGCCUUGGCUUACCCUUCCCCUGGUCCCUGAGAAGAGCAUUGCUGUUUUGCGUGAAGCUGGUGCAUCUCGUGUUCCUCUCUUUUUGGCAUCCCCCAUCCAAGGCACUGCUGACCCACUGCUUCAGGUGGCUCAAGACCUUGACAGGCCUGUGUAUGGCCUUCAAUACCCACCAAACCUUCCCAACAAGUCUGUCAAAAAUGUGGCUCAGAUACUGGUUCAGGAAUUGCUGAAGGUGCAUCCGUCUGGGGAGUAUGUCAUUGGUGGCUACUCCUUUGGUACUGCUGUGGCCCUGGAGAUGACCAAGCUGCUGGAGAGUAAAGGUUGCCGUCCGUCCUCCAUUGUGCUUCUUGAUGGCUCUCAGUCCUAUGUGUCUGGCAUCAUUGAGGGGUACAAGUCCCGUCUGAGUGCAGGAGGACCAGCGAAGGAAUCGGCAAGCACCAACCAAGCCCAGGAGCAAGUAGAGGUGCUGAUGGUGUUUGCCAUGCAGUUCAUUUCCACAGAUGCUACUACACUGAAGAAAUACCUGCUUGCCCUGAGCUCUUGGGAGGAGAGGGUGAAUCAUGUAGCCAAGCUGGUGACUCAAAGGAGAGCUGCUGUUGGGGUCACAUCCCAGAAUGAUGUUCAGCAGGCUGUGAAAGCAGGCGAGUUAUUGUAUGAGCGACUGAGGGCUGGCAGUGAGCACCGGUGGGAAGGCCACGUGAUGGCUCCAACGUUGCUGGUGCGGGCCAAAGACAAUCCUCAGGCUGCUGCUUUGGGCCAUGACUAUGGUCUCUCAAAGGUGAUGAAGGGCAGUCUGCAGAUUGAGGUGGUGGCUGGGAGCCACGAGAGCUUUGUGCUGGGUGACAGUGGACGUAAGGUGGCUAGUAUUUUGCAGACGUUCCUCAAGCAGACAUCUGGGCUUUCAAAUGGACACUGAAGGAGUAAUUGUAAGGAAAGUACUAUUUAUGAAGUCCAUGCUGGUAAUGCUGGAGAAAAUGUAUUCCGGUCUUAACUGUGAUAGCGUGAGGGGAUGUAGAGGGACAUUCAUCUUGGGGGGACAGGCAUGUCUUUUGUCUUUAGUAUUAGUACUUGUACAGGGAAAGAGAUUAUUUAUAUAUUUAAGUAUUUUGAAUGGCUUUAAUGUUUUGUAUUUCUUUUCUUGAGUAGAUGAGGGUGAUCAUUUCAUGCAUACAACAACUACAGUGAUUUUUGAACUGCUCAACAGAGAUUGGUAACAGAUUGUGACUGGUUAGGCACACUACAGUAUCACUGGUGCCAUAAUCAUCUGAAAAGGUUCAAAGUUCCCAAAUGUGUAAUGAUCUUGCUCUUUGUAACUUUGCAAGGAGUUAAAUAAAUGUUUACAUUGGGAUAUAAGAUGCCUAUAUAAUAAUAGUGGAGGGAAAUGCACAUUCAUGGAAAUGAUUAUGGUACAAAGCUGCAAAUUAUAAUUACUGCAAUUUUUAUCCAUCUACAUAUUUGAACAUCUUGAGCGAACAAAAAUUGCUGUAGGUGUUUGAAACUUUUGACCCAGAGGAAGUAUGGAGUAUGUAACGUAAUGUAUUAGUGUUAGUUGUUUCAGUGCUGUGUGCACCAUUUGAGGUGAGACACAGCUUCAUGUUGAUCAUGCACUUAUUUAAAACCAACCAUGCACAUAAAUUAGUUUUAAAAUUCAUGUAACUUAAGGCAUUAUAUACCUCUUAGCUGUGUGUGUGUGUGUGUGUGUGUGUCAAUCCAUGACUUUUCCAUGAAAUGAUGUAAGACUGCUGGCCAUGCAGUAUUAACAGUGGCCACCUUAUGGUUAGUGGGACGUGUGCGUGCAUGCUUCUGAGUUAGGCUCCACUGUUCACGUAGAUGUGGUGAUGUUGCCAGGGUAACACCACGCCUGACGUGGAUCAGGACUUGCAAUGCCAGCAAUGCAGGCUAUUUUUCUCCAUAAGGCUUGUUGCUAAAGAGGCUAAGUAUUCUAUUUUUUACUGCACUAUUGCUAUAUUUUGUAUAUGCACAGUAGGAUCAUUAGAAACUAAACUAUAUAUUAAAGUAACUGAAAUAUUGCCAUACCGUCAUCGUAAUUAUAGCCAUAGAGGCCUAGACCAUCAGUGUAAUGUUCAUUCUUUGCUUACUAGAGAACCAUGCAUUCCAUAUAACCAUGACCGCAGACUCCUGUGGUCUAGUUGUUGACAUAUCGACUGUAGCUUUAGGUGUUAUAUUGAGACCGUGAUUACUAAUAAUGGACUGGCAGGGUCGUGUACUUUUGACUGGCACACCUUGAAAGGGUACGCCUAUAUUACACAUUUUUUGCUCGUGAAAUAUAUUGUUGAAAUAAA